CGUUUGUGCUUCUCCGCCCAUCGCCCAUUCGUGCUCAUACAGCCUUUGCGGAGGCGGCGCAACGAGCGAGCGAUCUCUCCCAAUCGCCACCGGAGAUGAAGACCAUCCUUUCGUCGCAGACGAUGGACAUCCCCGAGGGGGUCACCGUGAAGGUGAACGCCAAGAUCGUGGAGGUGGAGGGCCCGCGCGGCAAGCUUACCCGCGACUUCAAGCACCUCAACCUCGACUUCGAGCUCAUCGAGGGCGGGAAGAAGCUGAAGGUGGACGCGUGGUUCGGCUCGCGGAAGACCACCGCCGCCAUCCGCACCUCCAUCAGCCACAUCCAGAACCUGAUCACCGGAGUCACCAAGGGGUACCGCUACAAGAUGCGUUUAGUCUACGCCCACUUUCCCAUCAAUGCCUCCAUCACCAACAGCAACAGCUGCAUCGAGAUCAGGAACUUUCUUGGUGAGAAAAAGGUGCGGAAAGUUGAUAUGCUUAAUGGUGUGACAAUUUUACGGUCUGAAAAGGUUAAGGAUGAGCUUGUCCUUGAUGGGAAUGAUGUUGAACUUGUCUCUCGCUCUGCUGCUUUGAUCAACCAGAAAUGCCAUGUGAAGAACAAGGAUAUAAGAAAGUUCUUGGAUGGAAUUUAUGUCAGUGAGAGGGGAACAAUUGCUGAGGAACAGUAGUCGCCUAUACGACCAUGAGAGCACUAGUUGAGCUUGGAUAGGAGGGAGACCAUGGUGCCAGCUAAAACAUUUGGAUGGAAUGAAAAGCUUUGGUUAAAUUUUUUUUGAUCUUCUUUACUGCAAUUUGUCAUUUGUCUUAAGAGUUACUGUAAUUCAAGUUCAAGAUAGUUAGCUGUGGAGACGCCUUUGUUUCUUUGGUACUAUAACUGUAUCUUUGUGGUAAACUAUGAAAGAACCCAUUUUAUGAUA